UUUCUGAAAAAGUUUGGUAAGGCCAGGCACUCCAGCAUUCAGUCACAUGCGGCAGAACCAGGCACAUGGAGGACAGCUGACUCCCCGGAAGCAGGGACUUGGGUUUUGCAAUGGAACGGAUAUGGCUGCUGUUGCUCCUGACAAUUAGAGUGCUUCUGGGGUCUGCUCAGUUCAAUGGCUACAACUGUGAUGCUAACCUCCACAGUAGAUUUCCUGCUGAAAGAGACAUCAGUGUCUACUGUGGGGUGCAGGCCAUUACAAUGAAGAUUAAUUUUUGCACCGUGCUUUUCUCUGGUUAUUCUGAAACAGACCUGGCCCUGAACGGAAGGCAUGGGGACUCCCACUGCAGGGGGUUCAUCAAUAACAACACCUUUCCCGCAGUGGUCAUUUUCAUCAUCAAUCUCAGCACCUUGGAGGGCUGUGGAAAUAACUUAGUGGUAUCUACAAUUCCUGGAGUCAGUGUGUAUGGGAAUGCAACUUCAGUACAAAUAGGAAAUAUUUCAGGAUAUAUUGAUACUCCAGACCCACCAACAAUCAUCAGCUAUCUACCUGGGCUCCUAUACAAAUUUAGUUGUAGUUAUCCAUUGGAAUACCUGGUUAACAAUACCCAGCUUGCUUCGUCGUCAGCUGCUAUUUCUGUGAGAGAGAACAAUGGUACGUUUGUCAGUACUUUGAACCUGCUCCUUUAUAAUGAUUCAACCUACAGCCAGCAGUUAAUUAUCCCCAGUCUAGGAUUACCUUUGAAAACCAAAGUAUUUGCUGCUGUACAAGCCACCAAUCUGGAUGGCAGAUGGAAUGUCUUAAUGGAUUAUUGCUACACCACCCCAUCAGGGAACCCAAAUGAUGAUAUUCGAUAUGAUCUCUUCCUUAGCUGUGACAAAGAUCCUCAGACCACUGUCAUAGAGAAUGGCAGAAGCCAGCAGGGCCGAUUUUCCUUUGAAGUGUUCCGGUUUGUGAAACACAAGAAUCAGAAAAUGUCCACCGUCUUCCUGCACUGCGUUACCAAGCUUUGCCGAGCUGAUGACUGCCCCUUCUUUAUGCCCAUUUGCAGCCACAGAGAAAGGAGAGACGUGGGGAGGAGGACCACUUGGAGCCCCCAGAGCACUUCUGGAAAUGCCAUCCUCUCUGCUGGUCCCAUCAUUACUCGGAGUGAUGAGACUCCAACCAACAACUCACAACUUGGUUCUCCAAGUGAACCUUCUUUCCAGCUCAACGCCGUCACCAGCGCACUGAUAUCAGGAGUGGUCAUUCUGGGCGUUGUGAGCUUUUCUCUUCUGGGCUCACUGGCCCUUCUGCACAGGAAGGCACCCACCAGUCUGGUGUUGAAUGGCAUAAGAAAUCCAGUCUUUGACUGACUGUAUCAGGUCCCUGCUCUCUGUAAAGAAGGCUUUCCUGACUAUACCAUGUGUGACUAAAGUCAGUGUUCCAUCUGAUUUGACUGCCUGCCAGCCUUUGUUACUUGUAGAUUGAUAGAUUUCACAGUGUAGCUUGUCAACAUGAUGAUAGGGAAAGAAUUUUGAUCAUUUUGUUUUUGUCACUUAUGUAUGUGGUCAGCUUUGUUUGGAAGGCACCAGUAAUGGGUUUUAUACCAAUAAACAAUAUUCAGGACUUAGAACUUACAGGAUCAUAUUUCAUUUUAUUUCACUGUUUUCUUGAUGGUUAUAGAGAGAAAAAGGGGGCAUAGGAAAUACUGAAUUUGUUUCAUUUUUUUCCCCCUAAGCAUUAAAACCCAAUGCAAUGACAUUUGCAUAUUUGGUACUAAAAUGAAAGUUGCUUUUUAUUUUAUUCUAGAUAAUUCCACUUUGUGGAUAUGUUUUAAUUGGAUUGGCCAGUUUGGACACCUGAGAUUUAAUUCCUCAUUCUAUGACCUCCUGUGUCCAAAGGAUACUAAGUGACUCUAGAUAAUUUUUCAUUUAGAUAGAAGUGACUGAGAACACUGGCACAUAUUGACUCUCCUCCUAGGUACACAACUCAGCUGCUGUAGCAUCUGUGCUUCCAGCAGUGAGGCAACUGCAAAGAUUGUUCUCAGUCCAAGAACCAUUACAUGGCAAACCAGCCAUAGCUGUGGGCAGAGAACACUGUCCCCACGGUCCCCACACACAAGCAUAGUGUUCCUAUGGGGGAUUUUAACAACCUGGAUUUUUUUCCCCCAGAACAAAGAAGAAACAGAUUAUGUAUGUUUUGCAGAACAUUGUCCCCAUGAAAAAAAUAUUCCUUUUCCUACAAAUUUCUGAUGCUAGCAGAACAAAUAGUCUGGAGGAGGCCUACUUAUUAAGAUGUCUUCCUGAAGGUAUCAUGAUUGCCAUGGAAUAAAGGGAAUAGUC